GUACGUAGAGUGCACUUCUUCAGCAAUUCAAGGACUCAAACUGUUUAGGAGAUUGUACCCGGCGCAUCGAGGAAAAGAAAUAGACAAUUGCAUAUUAAAAGGGAUACAAUAUCUUGAAGACCAACAAAAUCCUGAUGGUUCAUGGUAUGGCUCCUGGGGUAUAUGCUUCACUUAUGGUACAUGGUUUGCCGUGGAAGGGCUUGUAACUUGUGGGAAAAGCUACAAUAAUAGUCCGACCUUACGUAAAGCAUGCAAAUUUUUAUUAUCAAAGCAGUUACCAAAUGGUGGAUGGGGAGAAAGUUACCUUUCUAGCCAAGAUAAGGUUUACACUAAUUUGGAAGGCGAUCGUGCAAAUUUAGUCCAGACUGCUUGGGCAUUGUUGGCUCUCAUUACUGCUGGGCAGGCUGAGAUAGAUCCAACACCCAUACAUCGUGGAAUAAGAGUAUUGAUCAACAUGCAAAUGGAAGAUGGCGACUUCCCUCAACAG